GUGCCGGCGCUGCCCGUGGGCCGGUCCCCGUGCAGCCGCCAGCGCGCGCCCCGCCCGCCACGUGACCCUCCGCAACCGCGUGGGGUGGGAGGGCGCCCGCCUGACCGGGGUCUCGCUUCCCGUGAGCAGUGCCGCGGCUGCUGCUGGGCAGAGCCAGAGGGAUGGUGGUAGUCACAGGGCAGAGCAAAGGGAGCGGAGACCCGGAUGAGGCCAUGUCGAGCUCGGAUGCAGAGGAUGACUUCCAAGAGCCAGCCACUCCCACGGCCACCCAGGCGGGCCAGGCGCUGCCGCUGCUGCCCCAGCAGUUCCCAGAAGUCGUCCCACUGAAUGUAGGAGGCAUGUAUUUCACUACAAGGCUGUCAACGCUGAGGCGUUACGAGGACACGAUGUUGGCGGCGAUGUUCAGCGGAAGGCAUUACAUCCCCACGGAUGCCGAAGGCAGAUACUUCAUUGACAGAGAUGGAACUUACUUUGGAGACAUCCUUAACUUCCUGCGGUCUGGUGACCUGCCGCCCAGAGAGCGAGUGAGGGCAGUGUACAAGGAAGCUCAGUAUUAUUCCAUAGGACCAUUGCUAGACCACCUGGAGGAUGUCCAGCCUCUGAAGGGAGAGAAAGUGAGGCAAGCUUUCCUGGGCCUAAUGCCGUACUACAAAGAUCAUUUGGAGCGGAUAAUUGAAAUAGCAAAGCUUAGAGCUGUGCAAAGAAAAGCAAGAUUUGCGAAACUGAAAGUCUGUGUCUUCAAAGAGGAGAUGCCCAUCACUCCCUAUGAAUGCCCACAUUUCAAUUCUUUACGUUUCGAAAGAAGUGAAAGUGAGGCAAAGCUGUUUGAGCAUCACUGUGAAGUGGAUGUAUCUUUUGGACCUUGGGAGGCCGUGGCUGAUGUGUAUGACCUUCUGCACUGUAUUGUGACAGACCUGUCUGAUAGAGGGAUAACUGUGGAUCAUCAGUGUAUUGGUGUGUGUGAUAAACACCUGAUAAAUCACUAUUACUGCAAGCGUCCUAUCUAUGAGUUCAAGAUCACUUGGUGGUGAGUUGUUUUGUCCAGAAUGGUGCAGGAGAUGAAAGGACUUCUAGAUGACAAUUGCUUUUAAUAUUUUUGCAACAUGUCUCUGGAAAUGCGUUGCUGCUAACAUAUAUUGGAAUCAGCCUGCUGAAAUGUUGGCUAGUGCUUAGCUGUUCAGCGAAGAGGGACCUGUCACAGAGGUUGAAAAACCUCUGCAAUAUUAAAAAACCAACCAAACAGCCUGAAACAAGACUGUUGGCUCAGGUACCUUAAUGAGGCACAAAACAAAAUCACCUCGUGGAAAUUACGGAGAGGAGUGUCUGACAUUUAUUUUUUAAUGUGCCACCUACUGUGUGGCUGCAGUCCCAUUGUCUGCAAAGUGGGUGUGAUGGAUCUCAGCCUCAGGUGCUAGUAAGUAAUGCUGAUAGAACGUGGUUCCAUUUUACACACUUCGGAGUGUUCCAGUCACUAUGCAGGCCUGGCACUUUAUGGAUUGAGUAACACCCUGCACAGAGAUCCUGCAAGUGUAAUUUUGGUGUAAUAGACAACUAAAAAAAAAUAGAGGAGUAUUGUUGUGAAGAUUAAGCUAUAUGCAUAUUUUAAAAAUUAAGAAUCUGCAUUGUGAAGUGUAAUAUUUAGUUGUUUCUGUUGUUGUCAAAAGGAACAGCAGGUUUGGAGAAUAUUCCUCAUUGCUUUGUGGAAUAAUUACCAUUCAUGAAAGAUUUGUGCCUGUUUUUAGCCUUAGAAAUUCUAACUGUUUACAGCAUCUACAAAAAGAAUCUAUAGAAUCAGGUCAUUUGCAGAGGCUUUUGGUGAACGAGUAACUCCAUCUGUACGUUCCUAUUAGCAGAAGUAUUAGGAAUAUUUAAUGUGUAUUAUUUUAUUACUGAUUCUUUUUACAGUCUGUGCUAUUAAACUUUGUUCCAGAGCUAGUCAAAUGAUGAGGCAAGUGCUUCCUUCUCCUCACCUCUUCAGUUAAAUCUAACUUCCAGCAUUCCUGCUGGCACUUCUCUGUGUGAUAUCAGCACCUUUGUUUCUUCCUUCGUAUUCUAAUAUCUCUCCAAUUGCCCACCAGUGUAUCUGGGAAGUGCAUUUAUUUCCAUGCUGAAGGAGGCAGCUGUUGCAGAGCCGUGUUCUUUCCAGAAGGUAAUUUUUGCACUUCUGACGUUGGCAACCAUCUGCUGAAGCUCCAUUUCUGUGUGUCCAAAGCUGAAGGGUAGAUGGAGCGAUCUGAGGGUGCUGCUGUUGUGAGCUUCAGAAAAUGCAACUACUGUUCAAAAAGACCCCACCUGAGGGAGGCUGGAAAGUACAUGUCUGCAUAGUGCAUUCCUUUGGACUCCUGAAUCCAAGAUUCUUGCUUAAUUAAACUUCUGACCAAAAUACUUUACAGACCUAUUA